AUUGCGUAGGCAUGGAUGACCAUUAUGUCUCCGUUGUGAAUGCUAGCUAGUCUAGUUGAUUGCGUCCAACAUUUGCCAUUGUCAUGGGCCCUGUCAGUAUACGCAUGGCGAGUUGCCUGAACACUAGUAGUUGCAGUAGGUUUGAACAAGUAUAAGAUUCAGACUCCCCUUCCAUAUUCCUCCAUUCUUAUCCUGCACUCUCCACCAUUUACACUUCAUCACUACGAUAUCCAUACAUUACACAAUGGCAAACAAUAACAACAACAACCACAACAACACCCACGGACAACAUCCCUUCUGGGAUUUUGUUCAGUCAUUCGACGCCAAUGGCCAACAAGGCACAGGAGCGGGUGUUGACCACGCUGCAUCAGGCCCCUCCCCCGGCCCUGGGUUUGGCUUUCCCUUUGGCGGCCCCGGAGGUUUCAAUCCUUGGGCUGGAGGAGGUGGCUGGGAAGGACCAUGGGGACCUCCUGGGAACUUCUUCAGCCCUAGGGGUGGCCGCCACGGCAGACACGGUGGAAGACACGGCCAGCAUCACCACCGACCAGGCACUCCCGGAUCGGACGAGGAGAGCGGGGAUUCGGAAGGCCACGACUUUGACAUGGAGGAUUCUCCCGAUACUCUGAGAGACGACGCCCCUCGCGGGCCUCCUCACCCACCACCCGGAGGCUCCCACAUGGGAGAUCAUCCUCACCCGCCCCCUCCACCUCAUUCUGGCCCACGUCACCACGGACGCCAUGCUCGGCAUGGACCCGGACACGGCGGUCCAGGUCCGUUCGGGCGAGGCGGCUGUCGCGGUCGCGGAGGCCCUCGUGGAAGACAUGGCCCCCCGGGCCCUCCCCCGCCCUUCCCCGGUUUUAAUGGUUCUUUUGACCUCCGUCCUUUGAUGCAAGCGCUUUCUGGUCACCCAGCAGCUCAAGCAUUACGGGAGUAUUUCGACCGUACUACCUCUCGAGAGGACGGAUCAGCUGAGCGCUCCGGCGACCAGGACGAAACCUUCGUCCCUCCCGUCGACAUUUUCAGCACCGAGAAGGCUUAUGUCCUUCACAUCUCACUCCCUGGUGCUGUUAAGGAGGAUGUUGGCGUCAACUGGGAUGCCGAUAAGAGCCAACUGAACGUUGCUGGUGUUAUCUACCGCCCUGGUGACGAGCAGUUCUUGCAGUCGCUCACCUCCAGUGAACGCAAAGUCGGCAUGUUCGAGCGCAGCAUCAAGCUACCACCUGCAGACAGCAACGAGAAGGAGGAGGUUGAUGGGUUCGGCAUUACUGCCAAGAUGGAGAAUGGAAUUCUCAUUGUCACCGUUCCCAAGGCGGAAAAGGAGUGGACCGAGAUCCACAAGGUUGAUAUUCAGUAGUAGGAACAUGGUGGAUACCAUGACUUGACUUUGGGUUGUUUGGCGUUUUGGUUUGAAUUGGUGAGGGCUUUGUCAAGGGAUAGUUUUUAAUAUGCGAGCAUCGAAGACGCAAGCUAUGAUAUGGUUUCCCGAUAGUAUAAAUCACAAAAACAAUAUAAAUUGCGCCUUCGGGCCAUCAACCAACCAAAUUUUUUUUUCCGGGCAUCUCAUGAUUUUGUGACAUCUGUGAGACAAGGCAUAUACUAUGCCAUGUGUG